UCCACUGCGCCGCCCUCUACAGCCUCCCUCCGCCCCCGGCUGGACGCGGCGCGCGUGGUCCCCGCGGCCUGGCGCACUCGCGGGGCUCGGUGCGCCUGCAAGCGGCGCGUCGCCUCGCCACGCCGGAGCAGCGGGUUGCAGCAGGAGCUGCGGGUCCAGGAGAGCAGCGGGAGCAGCGGGAGCAGCGGGCGCGGGCGAACAGCCCGGGAGCAUGCCUGCGCAGCCCCGCUGAAUGGCGCCUCCCGUGCGCCCGGGGAUGCUGCCCCUGCUGCUGUUACUGCUACUGCCGCCGCUCGGCUCGGUUCCAGGAGUGUGGAGCUUUAGCGAACUGUUCUUCAUGAAAGAACCACAGGAUGCAACAGUCACAAGGAAAGACCCAGUCUCUUUAGAUUGCCAGGCUCAUGGAGAAGGUCCCAUUAAGGUCACAUGGUUGAAAAAUGGAGCAAAAUUGUCUGAAAAUAAACGGAUCCAGGUUCUCUCUAACGGCUCUUUAUACAUCAGUGAGGUGGAAGGCAGGCGGGGAGAGCAAUCGGAUGAAGGAUUUUAUCAGUGCUUGGCAGUGAACAAAUAUGGAGCCAUUCUUAGUCAGAAAGCUCAUCUGACGUUUUCAACUAUCUCCGCGUUUGAAGUCCAUCCAGUGUCCACUGAAGUCCCUGAAGGAGGAGUUGCUAGAUUUUCAUGCAAGAUUUCAUCAAUGCCCCCUGCAGUCAUAACAUGGGAAUUUAAUAGGACAGCCCUGCCUAUAGCCAUGGACAGGGUGACUGCCCUGCCAUCAGGAAUUUUGCAGAUCUACGAUGCUGGCCCAGAGGAUGCUGGGAAUUACCGCUGUGUUGCCACUACUAUUGCUCAUAAACGGAAAAGCAAGGAGGCCUCGCUAACUAUAGUUCCAGCUAAUGAGACCAGAUCCUUCUACAUGCCAACCAUUGUAGCCAGUCCACAGAACGUAACUGCGUCUCUACAUCAGACAGUUGUGCUAGAGUGUAUGGCCACAGGAUAUCCCAAACCCAUCAUUUCCUGGAGCCGUCUUGAUCACAAGUCCAUUGAUGUCUUUAAUACUCGGGUACUUGGAAAUGGCAAUCUCAUUAUAUCAGAUGUCAAGCUACAGCAUGCUGGAGUGUAUGUUUGUCGGGCCACCACCCCAGGCACACGCAACUUUACGGUUGCUAUGGCAACAUUAACUGUAUUAGCUCCUCCUUCAUUUGUUGAAUGGCCUGAAAGUUUAACAAGGCCACGAGCUGGCACUGCGCGGUUUGUGUGUCAAGCAGAAGGAAUUCCCUCACCGAAAAUGUCCUGGUUGAAAAACGGGAGAAGGAUACAUUCAAAUGGCAGGAUUAAAAUGUACAACAGCAAAUUGGUCAUUAAUCAGAUCAUCCCAGAAGACGAUGCUAUCUAUCAAUGCAUGGCUGAAAACAGCCAAGGAUCUGUUCUGUCUCGAGCCAGACUGACCGUGGUAAUGUCGGAAGAUAGACCUAGUGCUCCUUACAACGUUCAUGCUGAAACCAUGUCCAGCUCUGCCAUCCUUCUAGCGUGGGAGAGACCACUGUACAAUUCAGACAAGGUCAUUGCCUACUCUGUGCACUACAUGAAGGCGGAAGGUUUAAAUAACGAGGAAUAUCAGGUGGUCCUUGGCAAUGACACAACUCAUUAUAUCAUUGAUGACUUGGAACCUGACAGCAACUAUACUUUCUACAUCGUGGCGUACAUGCCAAUGGGAGCCAGCCAGAUGUCGGAUCAUGUGACACAGAACACUCUAGAAGACGUGCCCUUAAGACCUCCCGAAAUUAGCUUGACGAGCCGAAGUCCCACCGACAUUCUCGUCUCCUGGCUGCCAAUCCCGGCCAAAUACCGGCGGGGCCAAGUGGUGCUGUACCGGCUGUCCUUCCGCCUGAGCACCGAGAACUCCAUCCAAGCUGUGGAACUCCCGGGGACUGUGCAUGAGUACCUUCUGGAAGGCCUGAAGCCAGACAGUGUCUAUCUGGUCCGGAUUACUGCAGCUACUCGCGUGGGGCUGGGAGAGUCAUCGGUGUGGACCUCACACAGGACGCCCAAAGCCACGAGCGUGAAAGCCCCGAAGUCUCCUGAACUGCAUUUGGAACCACUGAAUUGUACUACCAUCUCUGUGAGGUGGCUGCAAGAUACCGAGGACCCAGCCGCCAUUCGGGGCUACAAGCUGUUUUAUAAAGAGGAAGGGCAGCAGGAACACGGACCUAUCUUCCUAGAGACCACUGACCUGCUGUAUACGCUCAGUGGCUUGGACCCCAGAAGAAAAUACCACGUGAGGCUCCUGGCUUACAACAACAUGGAAGACGGCUACCAGGCCGACCAGACCGUCAGCACUCCCGGAUGCGUGUCUGUCCGUGAUCGCAUGGUCCCUCCGCCACCGCCUCCCCACCAUCUCUACGCGAAGGCCAAUACCUCUUCUUCCAUCUUCCUGCACUGGAGGAGGCCGGCGUUCACUACCGCCCAAGUCAUUAACUACACCAUCCGCUGUAACCCCGUUGGCCUGCAGAACGCCUCCCUGGUUCUCUACCUGCAAACAUCAGAAACCCACAUGCUGGUUCAAGGACUAGAACCAAACACCAAGUAUGAGUUUGCUGUCCGACUGCAUGUGGAUCAGCUGUCCAGUCCCUGGAGUCCCGUGGUCUACCACUCCACACUGCCAGAAGCACCCACAGGCCCCCCAGUGGGAGUAAAGGUGACGCUGAUAGAAGAUGACACUGCCCUUGUUUCCUGGAAACCCCCAGAUGGCCCAGAGACGGUGGUGACACGCUAUACCAUCUUGUAUGCUUCCAGGAAGGCCUGGAUUGCCGGCGAGUGGCAGGUCCUUCACCGAGAAGGGGCAAUCACCAUGGCUUUGCUGGAAAACCUGGUGGCAGGGAAUGUGUACAUUGUCAAGAUAUCAGCGUCCAACGAGGUGGGAGAAGGGCCCUUUUCAAAUUCCGUGGAGCUGGCUGUCCUUCCCAAGGAUGCUUCAGAAUCGAACCAGAGGCCCAAGCGUUUGGAUUCUUCUGAUGCCAAAGUUUAUUCAGGCUAUUACCAUCUGGACCAAAAGUCAAUGACAGGCAUCACAGUCGGCGUUGGCAUAGCCUUGACCUGUAUCCUCAUCUGUGUCCUCAUCUUGAUAUACCGAAGCAAAGCCAGGAAGUCAUCCGCCUCUAAGAUGGCGCAGAGUGGAACCCAGCCGUUAUCCCGAGCCAGUGCCUCUGUAGCAGCAGGGAGUGACAUGGGGAAGAACCUGGAGAGAGCUACAGAGAAUGAAGAGUCCUUGGUACCCAUGAUGCCCAGCAGCUUCAUUGAUGCGAAGGGAGGGACUGACCUGAUCAUCAAUAGCUAUGGUCCUAUAAUUAAAAAGAACACCAAGAAAAAGUGGCUUUUUUUCCAAGACACUAAGAAGAUCAAAGUUGAACAGACUCAAAGAAGAUUUACUCAGGCCGUCUGCUUUUACCAGCCGGGCACCACAGUGCUGAUCAGCGAUGAAGACUCCCCCAGCUCCCCAGGCCAGACCACCAGCUUCCCAAGACCUUUCGGGGCUACGACCCUCGACACUGAGCAUUCAGCGAACAGUGAAGGCAGCCAUGAGACAGGGGAUUCUGGAAGGUUUUCCCAUGAGUCCAACGAUGAGAUACACCUGUCCUCCGUCAUCAGCAGCACACCCCCUACCUCGAAUCCCCUCGCUGGUGGUGAUUCUGAUGGGGAUGCUGCGCGGAAGCAGCACGGAGACCCUGCCCAGCCCUUGCCCGCUGAGCAGACCUCAGCCCCGCAGCCGGCAUCCGCAGGGCUGCGAUGUGCUGCCCAGGGCUUUCCGGUCUAGACAACCAUGCUCAGGUAUUCACAACAAGCGUCUGUUCGAAGGACAAUGAACAGGGAGCCAAAGCCUUUUGUGAAAAUCUUGAUGUCUUACUGUUUAUUGUUUGUUUUGUUUGCUUGGUUUAUUUUUAUUUUUAUUUUUUUAAUUAUUUUUAAGCUCACGAAUUUUGAAUGUUUCAAUUGUCAACAAUGUGAAAAAGGGCAGUCAAGGUGCUUGACUGGACUCUAAGAUAUAUCACUGGAGCAGAGGGAAGACUGCCUGAGCCCUCUGCUGACUAGCUACCUCAGUUUGCUGUUGGCGGACUCUGAACACAACUUGUGCUGCCUUCUUCGCGUGCUGGUGUCUCACAGCGGCAUAACCAGCAGGACUUACUAGUGACGCUGUGUGUCCAUUGUGUGUGUGAUGUGUGUGACUGAAGGAGUCCGAUAGGUAGAAGAGGAAGAAUGUUGAUCUGAAGCUCUGGAUUUUUUUUUUUUUUUUUUAAAGAACUGUGAUAAUGUAACACCUGGCUGUGAGAAGAAAAUAUGGGAGUAUAUUUAUUUGAAUGGAUGAAACAAAUACGUCUCUUUAGAGAAGAGAACCAUCCCAUAGUACAUAGGGGAUCGUGUCCUUGCAGAGCUGUUGGGUUUGGGGCACCAGAGCAGGAGAAGUUUGCUCCGGCCUACACCCGCCUGCCCUCAAUCUGCAAGACCACCAUCCCCUUUGCCCAUAGCAGCCAAGGGCUGCGCUGUUUCUUGCGGAACAUCUUCUGAGUUUCCAGAGCUAGCUGCAAAAUACAAUGUAAGAAAGUGGAUUUUUUUUUUUUUUAAUGGUUCAGAUUUUCUUUUUUAAAAUCUCAGUUUGGCUUCAAAUGGGGCAAAGAAAAAACAUUAUUAAAUAUUAAGAAUGAUAAGGAUAAACAGAACAGUAGAGAGUAAGACAAAUGAGGUUUUCAUAAUAACAGUGCCUUCCAUUAUGAGAAAUUUUGCCUUAUACCUUUUUAAUAUUCACGAAGAUGUUUAGGAAAAAAAGGUAGCAAAAAUUUGCCUUAAAAAAAAAAAAAAAAGCUUGGAUCUUUUACCGGUAGCUGUUUUGCUAUCUGGCACCUUGCUGGAGUUGUUCUCCUUUUGAAGCGAAGGUUUGCUUCCCACCACCCCAGAGGCUGCUCUUGGCUUUGUACCCCACGAACACAGAAAGUGAGUUCAUCCUCUGGUGUGAAAUCAGAAAAUUGUUUGCUCCUCAGGUCCGGCAGGCCUUCUCCAUCACACAGCUAGGUGCUGAGCCACGUGGGAGGGUCUGAGCCAUGAGAAGAAAGAAACAAGUCCUUAGUCUUUUAAAAUCGUGGGUUUUGCCCUCUCCCCAUUUUUUUUUUUUUUUUUGGAAAUGGCUUUUGAAUUGCAUUUUAAAAGAAGAACCCUCUAUGGGUUUUCCCUUGAAACCAUCCCUCCAUGCACAGACAAGGCGGGUCCUGCAGAAUGGUGUUCUAAAGUCAAGGGAAUUCUGCUACACGAUCACCCCAUCAUCUGUUGUCAAGGCCUGACACUGCCACAGUUUUCAUUGUGAUUCUAAGUUUUGUGCCAAAUUGGACUUGCUUAGAAACCAACCAACAAGAUGUGCCAGGCGCCACUUCUCAGCACAGUUCUGUCCCUUUUACUGUGGGCUUCUCAGCAAAAUGGGGGGAAAAGAAAGAAAGAAAAAAAGCAGAGCUUUAGGUGAACAAUCCGUAGGCAAGAAAAAUGGCUUCCUCCCCCUGCCUUCGCGCUCCUGUUUAUACUACCUCCUUUUAAAAUUUAUUCUAGUGUUACUGUUCUUUCCUGUACUCAGGGACAUUUUUGUUACUCUUGAGCUCAUGAUGCAUGGGCGGGUGCAUUGACAGGGUAUGGUGUUGUUUGGUAUGUAAGUAGAAGUACAUGGGCCAACUUCUCUCAGUAUCUAAAAUGAAGGGGCACAAUGGGAUCAGCGGUUUUCAAAAGUCAGAAGGGAACAGAAUGUAAAGGAGAAACCAGGUUUAGGGCCUUCAUAUUUAAACCGUGUUCCCUGCCUGGAUCGUCUGAAAGGCUGUGACCGGACAGUCCCUUAAGAACGUGCUCUGUUUAAUGCUGAGUAGGCCCUUAGUUCCGAUAGAUCUUUAGCUUAUAAUUAUUUGCUCGUUCAGUUUUGUUCUUAUACAGGCUUUUCUGUCAAUUCUGUUACCAAAGAAUUUCCAAUAGACAGUGAAAUUGCUAUGAUAAGUACCUUAAAUCCAAAUCACUAAAAACAGAUAUAAAUAGACUCGAAUACAAGUCAUUUCUAACCUUAAACUGAAGGGUUUAUAUUGAUAGUUACAAUUAAUUAGGCUAGUGACAUAAACUACCUUACUGUCACCAGCGAAUUUAAAAUUAAUUGUUAUAAUUUCCUUGCCAGCAGAUGGUUACAAACUAUUUACACUGUAAGGUUUUUUUUUUUUCUUCAGCAAGUAAAGAAACUUUCAACUCUAUGGUAUUAAUCUAUUUUCAAAUUGUUGAAAUUACUUGUUGGAGAGAAAAAAAUAAAUCUUAUUACUGAUCUCAUGGACUAAGGUAUUUAGUGUUCAGCAGGGGCCUUCGGCUUGGCGAGAGCCAGCAUCUCUGAAGUCUGAAGUGUAAAAUUCUAACUAAAGUGUAAAGGUUAUCAUGUCUUCAUCAAGGUUUCCUGACUUUAUCGUAUUCAACUCCAAAUAAGCUGACAUGCAGAUUUGGAACGGUCUCAUUUUCCAGAACCAUAUUUGCUGGGAGUGCUGAUAACCAGCCUGCCUGUCAUUUUUAAUGUCAAAUAUUACAGUAUACUGCUCAUCAGUAUUUUCAUACCAAAGACCAUUAAAAUAUAUAGUUUAGCCUAUAAGUAAAGAUGAGCAGGUUUAAAAUAAAUUUAUUUAGAAGCAGAUAGGGAAUAUAGCUUUAGUGGCCAAAAGAAAAUAUCAAAAGGCUAAGUUUACAUAGUUAAAGGCAAUGCAGUUAUAUUGGUAUUUAUCAGUGUUUUUUUUAUUCGAGUACUUUAUAUCAGCAAAUUAAAAAGAAAUUAAAAACCAAAGAUAUUUAAGGUUACCUCAGAAUAUAGGGAAGUUUAGCUGUACAUUGAACUGUUGUUUGUUGUUUUAUGUUAACAAGCUGUCUCUCUAGAACCUCUCCUCUGUGUCCAGACAGCAUCCUGAGGAUUUUCCAUGAAAUCCACUCACCCAGCCACAGGGGUGUUUUUACUAAAUGGUGUGAUACUUCCAUACAGCCUGUGAGUGUGGCAGGUCAACAGAGAGAACCUCACGCUCCUCUGCUAUGGAGUACUGUGGGAACCCCUGUAUCAUCCUAUAUAGCCUGCAUUCCUAUGUAAAGCCGUUCUCUAGAUACUCAGCUUCAGGAGAGCAAAAUGUGCCAUUGUUUGGGCAGUCAGGCGGUGCUUUAUGUUCAAGUACGGCUCCUAAAUUGUAAGAUGUUCAUUGCGUCAAAAAUAGCUGGGCUUUCGAUCUCAAAUGAAAACCUGUUAAAGUACCAUGGGGAUUCGAUGCUACUGAUGUGUUAAAGGCUCUCUUGCCUUGACCUCAGACAUGAGCAAUGGCAGCUACACGGCAGUGACUGGGGUGUGCACUGUUUCCCUGUCUUCUGAAGGACUUCUGCAAAAAGCAUAAAAAAGGCUCAUAGCUGACCACUCGGGAGCACUGCUCAAGUCCUUAGAAAGUCGCCAUUGGAAACAAUGCUUCAUGUUAUCAGAGGCUGGUGUGGUGCACUCCUGUAAUCAAUCAGUUGCAGCAGCCGGAUGAAGGGUGCAAUGUGCAUUUUAGGAAAUGCUACCACACAUGGGUCAGUCAGAGCCUGUUGUAAUUCAUGAUUCGAUUCUGUACAUUUGCAUAUCAUCAGAUGUCCAUUUUGAGUACCAGAUGUGGAAAAAGAGUUUGAACUGUAUUGUAAAGAGCUGAUACCUGAGGCCAACCAUGUAUUUUGUAAGAUUUUCUUCCUGAAAAUUUCCUACAUGCGUCUCCGAUAAAAUUGCUGUGGUAGAAGUUAAAAAAAAAAAUCACUCCUGGGCUGUGUGAGCACAGAGCGGUGGGUUCUGGAGACCACCAUCCACAUCCGUUUGUCUAAUUGUGAAUUUCGUUAAUGUUUUGUUUAGAAGGCAACCAUAGGUUCUAUGCCAGGUUGUUUAUGCUCAGGACACAAGUUCACAGGCUAGUGCAAUGUUUGUGUUACAGGCUUAUCUAAGCAGGUGGGUACAGAUUGAUUUUCUUGCAAUUUCUUCUAGCAAACUAGCACUUAUUUAGUGUCUGUAAACAGCAAACCCCCGGUGUUGGAGAUCUGUAGGUCAGAACUCUUUCUUUUUGAGGCAAUUUCCUGCUGUGAAACCCUCUCUGUCCUGGAACCUGCUGUAUGUGUAAACCAGGCUGGCUUUGAACCAGUGGUGACCCUGCCACCUCAUCCUCCCACACCCUGAGAUUACAGUGGGGUGCCACCAGUCCAGCUAUAGGAUAAGAUGAAGGUGCAGAUGGGGCUCGCACUCCUUUUGAGGCCUGAAGGAGUAACCCAUUCUCUUGCCAGUUUCAGCUUUUGAAGACUGAACUCUUUCCAUCAGAACCAGCUACAUAGCCCCUCUCUCUUCCUCCUCUUUCAGCCACCCCCCCCCCAAAGAAAAGUUCUUCAGUUUUAAGUACUCAUUUGAUUAGAUUUUUCUGGCCUUCAUCAUCUGAGAUGAUGUCUUAUAUGAAGCAUAUCUGUCAGGCUUCCUUUGCCAUACAUGGUAAGAUUCUCACAGGUUCUAGUCCUUUGCAGGCGUCUGUGGGUGACCAUUAUUUUUCCCUACUGUAAUAGGGUAGGGAUCCAUCAAUUCUUUGGGGUUCCUCUCUCAGUAACAUGGUACUAGGUUUUCAAGAGAUAGCAAAUCUGAUGUUCCCUUGCCCCCAUGGAGACCUUUAAAUUUUCAAGUACCAGAAAAAAUAGACCCUGUAGUUUGUUGAAAGCACCCAUUAAAAUCUCUCUGUAAACAUCCCUCAAAGGCAAUUUAACUUGAAGCAUUUUUGGAAACGAGCUUCAUUUACUUCCUAACCCCUCCAAUCUGUUCUGUUUUCAUGGGGGUCGGAAGGAGGAUAUCUCUUCAUUGUUUGUCUCUGACUGAGUGGGACUUCAUCAGAAAGUUUUGAAAAUGUUUUUCUCUCUUUGGUGAUCACAUGUGUGGAGACGAGUUGAGGAAGGGACUCAACAUUAAGGGACCUUGGGUAGAUGACCAGGACAAGGCAGGCUCAUUCUCUUGUUUUCAAAGCACCUUGGUGUGCACGGCAUGGUUUCUGCCUUCACAUCACCAGCAUGGAUGUUCAGUCUUGUGGUUGGGCAACUCAGAAGUCCCCAUCGUCCUUGCCUCGACUCACUUUACCAGCAUUUGUAUCUCCCAGGGAACUCCGGUCUGUCUCACCUGCUUCAUCUUUUAGUCUUCCUUUCCCUGGGAUAUUUUAGACCCCAAAACUUUAGUUUGUUCUCAUUUCUGCAUCAUUUACAGUCUGGCCCUCUUUCAGUUUUGAAGGACAACUCGUGUUCAGCAUUGCUUCAGCAGAAGAGAUAAAGCUGUUCCCAUCUAACCAGGAUGAGAGUGUUGAUAUGGAAAGGCUAGCUGUCCUUGAACCCCCAGAGAGAAAGCUACCAGCAGCAGGCUCCGAGUGCUGAUAUUAAAAUGUACGCCUGCCCCCAGCCUCCUCUUUCCUGGUAGCAUCCAGCUUCCCUCCUAUAAUCUUCAGAGUUUUAUAGGUUUCCUCAGGUUUCUGUCUCCUGCAUAAUUUGUGAUACAGAAAUACAUUCCUGACUUAUAACCUUGAAAAAAAAAUGUUAACUACUUCUGUUCCUACAAAACUACUUUUCAUUGUGUGAAGUCAUACUGUUUCUUAUUUGCCAUAUUCUGUAGUAUCUGGUCCAUUCCCAAACUAAAACCCUUCCUGCAGAUAAGCCUGAACACAGACGUUGCCUCGGCCACUUAGUAGGGUUUAAGAGAUGUAUUAAGAAAAUGUGUCUGUCUGUUACUGUCGUUGGACAAAAGUUUAUGUCUGUGUGUGUAGGAAUAUUUUGUUCUAUUUCAAAGAUGUGAAUUUAAUGAAGUGUGGGGGCCAGUUAAGUUCUUUUCUGUAGUGGGUGUUCUGGGUCCUGCCACUCUGCUUCUUUAUAAGGGCACCAUUUCCUGGCUUCCUGGUGGACUGUGGGGCAGAGCUACAUUUGAUUUCUGCUUGUCUCAGGGGACCAGCUCUGCAGACUCCAUCUCAUGAAGAAAGUGAAUGUUUGCCUUGAUUUUGAAUGUAUUUUUUAAAAUGUCUUCUUAAAACAUAUUUUUUGUUUAAUAAUGUGGGUUUGUUUUCUUUUCCUAGCAUGAUAGUAAAUAUUUCUUAGUACCCCACAUCCCUAUCCCAGGAAGUUUAUAUUCUACCCUACAGGUCAUGCCAAAAAUGAAUAAAAGUUUAAAUGCCAAAAUGUUUAUAAAAACUGCUGUCUACAUACUGAUUGAUUGCACAGUUUAAAUAAAACCUUUCCUUAGUUUAAAAAACCCAAAA